GGUAGAUUCUUGUUGAUCAGACAAAGAAAGAGAGAGAGUGAGAGAGAAAGAGAGACCGGUAUUGGCAUACAGAUAUAAAAUCGAGAAGAUUCCGAGGAUAGUUACAGGAGAAUCUUCGAAGAAACAUGAUCGAGUUUCUGCUAUUGUUGAAUAUUGCCGGAGUGUUUUGCGCUCCCAUUGAACUUUAUGCGGAUCAAAAGUUUCUCGAUGAGGAAAAUGAAGCCGAAAUAAUUAUUGCCGUUGAACCAUUGAGAGGAGUGGAAAAUCUCCAUGAAAAAUCAAUUCCAAUAUUUCGACUGAAAUAUCCCACUUAUGUACCGACAAUUAAUUUACAUGAAAAAUCACAAUUACCGUUAAAUUUCUUGGGUAAAAAAAAUCUUGACGCCAAACAAAUAAUGCCAAUUUCAUUGAAUGCAAAAACAUUUUACGAUAAUGAUGAUUAUUUGUUUUCAAUGAUACAUCCAAAAAAUCAAUAUGAAAAUGUCUAAAAUUAUAUUUAUAAUCUAAUAUUAAAAAUUUAUAAAUCAUUUUCAUUGAGUUUAUAAUUUUAUAUGAUUAUAGUUUAUAAAAAUUUAUAUUUACGAGUAAUUAAAUUAUUAUUGUAUUAUUAAAUUUACAUUGUAUAAAUUUUUAUCUAUACACUUUGUAUAAACUUUGCAGACACUACUUUUAUAUUUAUACAUAUAAUUCUAAUUAUUUUUAUUAUUAUAAUUAUUUUUAUUAUUA